AUGGUAAAAACUGUGAGAGCUAAAACAUAUAACAUCUUUUCUCAUUGCAGUCCAGAUUUUGAUACAGAUACAUCUUUCAUUAGUAAGAAACAUAGUCAGGUAACAGAUUCAUCAUUAAUUGAUAAGAAAACUUCUACAGCAAAGGAAAAUCAAAAUAAUGAAAAUUUUUGUGACCUGGCGAGCUGGAAUCUUCCUGAGCCUGUAGUUUUAGCUUACUUAUCCAAUAAUAUUACAAACAUGUUUCCUUGGCAAGCAGAAUGUCUGUCUAUGAAUAGUGUGUUAAAUGGGAAUAACUUAGUUUUCUCUGCUCCCACCAGUGCAGGAAAAACAUUGGUUGCUGAAAUAUUGAUGCUGAAAAAGGUUCUUGAAACUAAGAAGAAGGCCAUAAUGAUUUUGCCUUUUGUUUCUGUGGUUCGAGAAAAAGUCUAUCACUUGCAGGAAAUGUUUCAAAAUGCUGGUCUGGUAACUGGUGGUUAUAUGGGUGCCCAUCAUCCUCCUGGUGGUUUCACAGCAGUAGAUAUCGCUAUUUGUACCAUAGAGAAAGCAAACAAUCUUGUGAACAGACUGAUAGAAAAUAAAAGGUUGGAAGAAUUAGGUGUGUUAGUGAUUGAUGAACUCCACAUGUUAGGUGAUCAUAGCAGAGGUUAUUUAUUAGAGCUGCUGCUUACAAAAUUGCUUUAUAGUUGCAAAAAGUAAGUUAAAGCAGAUUUUAACAUUGACAUACAGAUUGUGGGUAUGAGUGCCACCCUCCCAAAUUUGAAUGUGCUUGCUCAGUGGCUAAAUUCUGAAUUAUAUCACACAGAUUUCAGACCUGUCCCUCUGCAUGAAAUGUAUACUAUUGGGGAUAUUUUAUAUGAUUCUAAGACCAACAUGCCUAUUCGAAAUCUUAAACAUACAGCUAUUUCUUUUCAAAAUGAUUCUGAUCAUGCAAUUUAUUUGGCUGUAGAAACUAUAGCAGCUGGUCAUGGUGUAUUAGUAUUUUGCCCAACUAAAAACUGGUGUGAAAAACUUGCUACUAAUCUUGCUCAUGAAAUCUUUAAUAUUGGAAAGUAUGAUAAUGAAUCUCACACUAUUUGUGGAAAGUUGAGAGAACACAUUAAUGGCGCAGCAUUGAAUGAUGUCUUACAACAACUUAAAAGUUCUCCAGCUGGAUUGGAUAAAGUUUUAAGUUUAACAGUGCCUUUUGGAGUUGCCUUCCAUCAUGCAGGAUUAACAUUUGAUGAAAGAGAUAUUAUUGAAGGAGCAUUUAGACAAGGUAUACUAAAAGUUUUAGUUGCUACAACCACACUUUCAUCUGGAGUAAAUCUUCCUGCAAGAAGGGUUAUUAUUCGCUCACCACUUUUUGGUGGAAAAAUUAUAGAUACACUUAGUUACAAACAGAUGGUUGGCCGAGCUGGAAGAAAAGGAAUUGAUGAGAAAGGAGAAAGUAUUUUAUUGUGCAAAAAUACUGAAAAGAAUUUGGCAAUGUCUAUAGUAACGUCACAUUUGCCACCAGUAAAGUCUUGUCUUUUGAUGCCUGGCUGCAAUUCUGUCCGUUCUAGUAUGAAACGUGCAUUGAUUGAGGUGAUAGCUAGUGGAAUAGCUGGAACAUAUGAAGAAGUUUUACAGUAUGCUUCAUGUACUUUAUUAAGUGCUUGUUUAGUUGAAGACCAUGCUACAGAAUUUUCUCUGAAUGAUAUUGAAUAUGCUGUUAAUAAAUGCUUAAAUGAUCUCAUAGAAAAUGAAUUUAUUUUUAAGCAAGAAGAAACGGCAGAUGACACAAAUAUAAUAGGCUAUAAACCAAGCCAGCUUGGAUUGGCUGUUCUAGCUUCUGGCUUCUCUCCUGAUGAUGCACUUAGAGUCAUGAGAGAACUCCAAUUAGCUCGCCGUUGUUUUGUGCUAGAAAAUGAUCUUCAUAUCUUAUAUGAAGUCACUCCUCCAUAUUUAAGUGAUCAAAUAGGAUCUAUAAACUGGUUUCAUUUUUUGUCUUUGUGGGAACAACUUCCUAAAGAAUACAAGCGAGUGGGUGAAUUAGUUGGAGUUAAAGAAAAUUUUAUUGGCCUUGGAAUUCAAGGAAAAAUAAACAGAGAUGCACGUUUACUUGCCAUCCAUCAAAGAUUUUAUGCAGCAUUAGCUUUAAAUGAUCUCAUUCAAGAAGUGCCAUUGUCUGUUGUUUCAGCAAAAUAUGAUUGCACACGUGGUAUUUUGCAGUCCCUCCAGCAGACGACAUCUACAUUUGCUGGAAUGCUGACUGUAUUUUGCAAUCGGCUAGGAUGGUUCACUUUAGAACUUAUAUUUUCCCAUUUCCAACGGCGUCUGCAUUUUGGUAUCCAGCAAGAACUCUGCAAUCUUGUUCAGUUAUCCUCUCUCAAUGCCCAAACAGCAAGGAUUCUCUACAAUGGUGGUUAUGAAACAAUAUCAUUACUUGCUAGUGCUCACCCAAACAAUAUAGCAGUAUUACUAUGCAAUGCUGGAUCAUUUGAAAGUGUAAAGCAACUUAAUGGGUGCUUGGAUGAAGAUGCUGUUCAUCGCAAUGAAGCAAAACGUAUCAGAAUAACUGGAAAGUAUGGUGUUUCUGAGAAAGAAAUUGCAGUUAUGAUAAUUGAGGAAGCUCAAUAUUUCAUUAAGCAAGAACUUGGAGUGAAGAAUAUAUCAUGGGAAAGCCAACAAAACAUGAAUUUAAAUAAAAAAUCCUCUGAACUUCUUUCGAUUUCAAACCAACCUGAUAUAUCAUUAAAUACUAUACCUCCUGAUGAUAAGACUAGUGCAAAGCUAUGUCAGCAAAACACCCCGAUUCAAACAAAGUUUCCCAAAAGUUCUAAGGUAAUUCUUCCAGCAUCUGAUAAUACUGAAAUAAACAGUUUUCAGAACAGUGAUGAAAAUCUGCAGAUAAUGAGAUCAGUUUUACACUGCCGACCAAUAGUGAAUUCUGAAGAUAAUACCAAAGGAAAGAAAACAGAAAAAGAGUCUGUUAAUUUAAGUGCUACUUUCAGGGAUAAAAAUGAAAUCUUUCAGCCUGGAAAGAAUACUGUCAAUAUCAUUGAGAGAUGUAUUGUUAGUAUUCAAGAUUUAGAAAAUUCCAUUGUCAAAAGUACUGAUGAUUUUAACAAAUCUAAUCAUAAUGUGUCUGCAAAUGAAAAGGUAAAUCUGGAAAAUAUUGAUAUUCUUUGCAAUCCUAAAACAGAAAUUAGUAAUUUGAAAACAUUCUGUGAAACAAAGAAUAAUUUUGAUUCUAUCAUGAUGCAAAAUGUUUGUGAUAAAUUAUUAGAUUUAUCACAACAAAAUGAUUUAACACAGCUCCCUAUUCAUGAGGGGAAUACAUUAAAUGAUCCUACUGUAGAAGAUGAUUCAUCAUUUUCUGAACUUUUUUUAUCUCAAACUGCUGAAACUGAUUUUGUUUACCUUUCUGAAAUUUUUCCUGAUGAAGAUUUAAACAUAAACCCUAGUAGAUCCAGCAAUUUAGUUAUGCAAGACAAGGAAAAUGCAGCUUAUGUAGAUAAACAGCAAAAUUCUGUAUGGGAAUAUUCAGAUACUUCACCCAGUAUUUUAGAUAUCUGUAAUGAGAAAAAUCUACAUUAUUCUAGUGAGAACUCUUUUACAGAAGAAAUCAAAACAAAAUCUUGUUAUAACAAAUCAGUUUCUGAUAGUGAGAAAGAAUUCAGUGGAGGGUGUCUUGCUGAAAUGAGUGAUGAUAUUUUUGAAUCGGAAGAAAGUUUUGAUCUACAAAAACCUAACACGGGUAAAAAGAGUAUUUCAGAUUGCAGUUUUAAAGAAGCUCCAGAAUCAUGUAUUGAACAAGUAGCAGAUGGAAGCAGUGAUAUCUUUGAUGAUGAUCUUCUAUUUAAUAACAUUCCUGGGACACCUAAUAAAGAAAUAGGGGAUAAAUGUUAUGUAAAUGAUGCUAAGAAAGAUGAUGCACUUAAAAUUAAUGGUUCUAGAGCAAAAUCGCCACCAUUAGUUAGUUUUAAAUCAUUAAAUAUAAAAGUUGCUGACACAACUUCAGAAUUUAACUCAAGUAUUGAAAAAGUAUCUAAUUUUAUCAAAAAGCAUAAUGCAUUGCUUUUGGGGAAGGAAAAUAUUACUGAGAGUAAUUUAUUUAAAGAAACAUCUGGUUUGCUUUCUGACAUGGAGGAAAAUUAUGUGGUGAAUUCACAGUUGUUUAAGUCCUGGGAAUCAUCUCGAACUGAUUCCCCAAAUUCUCCGGUUGAUAUUGGGAAAGGAAGACAUAUAUCUUCAAGUCCAGGCAAGAAUUCUUUUAAACUUACUGAAAAUGAUUUGACUGAAAGAAAAGCUGAUAAUGUGAAUGAAGAUGAAAUAAAUGAAAAUUUGUUAUUUAAUAAUGCUGAUAAUUUCUCUUCAAGUUUCUCUUCUGAAUGCUUAUCUCCUUCGCCUCCACAAAAAACAUCUGUGGUAAAGAAUGAUGAAAAUUAUGAAUUAAAAACACCUGUAUCAUUGCAUUUAUCCCAUUUGAACAUACAAAACUUCAUGAAAGACAUAACCGAAAAUUCUAUAAGUGAUGCUUUAAUUAAUGAUAACAACAAAAGUUACAAUGACGAAUUUAAUGCAUCUGAAGUUUUACAAAAUUUUGAGAGUAGUAGCUCUAUUAAUUCUUCGAGUAUUAAAAUACUUGAUAUUUUUGAAAGCAAAAUCAGUUUAUUUAAGAAAAUGGCAAAUAAAAUACAAAAGCUUUCAUUUUCAUUUGCUUUAGAAAAAACAUCCCAUAGAAAAUCUACUAUUGGACCUCCUAAAAUGAAAGAUAAAGAUCAUGUAACACCAGAUGACAGUUUUUGUGUUAGAGAGCCUGAUGUUCAAGUUAUAGGAUUUGCUGUAUGUUGGGACCAAACAAUAUUUUAUGUACCCAUUUCUGACAAUACAGAAUUAAGCACUGCCAGUUUUUCUAGUAAGUCUAAUAAGCAGGCCGAAGAACUCAGAAAAUUGUUUUCUUGCAGUCUGUUUAAAAAAUAUGUUAUUGCAUAUGAUAUAAAAGCCCAGUAUAAGAUGUUACUGCAAAAAUGGAAUUUGACUUUGCAAGCAAACCAAGAUACAAAAUUUUUAGACCCUUCAGUUGCAGCAUGGCUAUUGGAUCCUGGACUAGGGAAGCAGUCCUUAAAUGACUUGAUUAAAAAUUAUUUACCUGAUGCUAUGUGUUUAUUAGAGGGUUUUAGAGAAAUCAAAGGCAACCUUGGAUUACAACACUGGAAUUCCUUACCUGGUAGACAGAGAGCUUCAGUUGAAGCUUAUCUUUCUUUUCAUCUUAUGAAUAAACUUGAAGAUGUUUUAAAAGAUGGAAAUCUGUAUGAAGCUUUCAUCGCUGAAGAGGUUCAGGCAGAAACUGAGAAUCUCCUGAAGGGUCUUCCAAAAACCUUGUUCCAGAACUGUUACCAGCAACAGCAAUAUUUCCUUGUGCAGAAGUAUGUGAAUGCUGAAGGUGUUGAAAUGCCUGCUAUAUUUGCUCUUUCCAAAAUGGAAUACAUUGGUUUAGGAUUUGAUUCAAAGCUUGCUUUAAUGUGUUUAAAAGAACUGAAGCAAAAACAGAAUGCAGUUUUACAAAGUGCCUAUCAAGCAGCUGGCAGAAAAUUUAAUAUAAUGUCUUCAGUUGAAGUGUCAAGGAUCUUAUUUAAAGAACUGAAACUUAACUCAGAUCAAAUUCAAGAGAGUCCUGUUGCACAGAAAUUUUUAUCUGUUGGGAUCACAACACGCAGCAGCAGUAAAAAUUUACCUCAAGAGCUGAAGACCAAUAAGGCUUGCCUAGAAAAAAUCAUGCAUUUGCAUCCACUACCUAAGGCAAUUUUAGAUUUUAGGAAACUUUCUUUUUCUUUACAACAGGUUUUGAUGCCAUUAUUGAGGGAAAAUAAAUAUGAUCAGUAUUUCAAUAUGUAUCGUUUAUACAGUAAAUGUUUUAUAUAUACUGCAACAGGAAGAAUUCAGAUGCAUAGCCCAAAUCUUCAGUUUGUGCCAAAAAAUUUUAGCGUUAAUGAUGCAGUACCUGAAGUUAAUUAUUUAGAUGAUGAUGCAUGUGAAGAUGAAGGUCAAUUCACUCUUGAAGAUAUAGCACAAUACAGUAUCAGCUUGAGAAAUCUCUUUAUUCCUAGUAAAGGGAAUAUUUUUUUAUCUGCUGAUUAUUCUCAGCUUGAGCUCAGAGUGUUGGCUCAUUUAUCCAAUGAUGCAAAUUUAUUGGAAUCUUUAAAUUCUGGAGAAGAUGUAUUUAAACAAAUUGCAGCUAAAUGGAAAAAAAUACCCUCUAAAUCUGUUACUGAGGACUUGCGACAGCAAGCUAAAAAGAUUUGCUAUGGUAUGGUAUAUGGGAUGAGUGUGAAAGCUUUGUCUCAUCAACUAAAAACUGGAGAAGAUUAUGCUUUUAUAUUCUUAGAAUCUUUCAAGAAUUCAUAUCCUGGCCUUACCAAUUAUUUAAAAAUAAUAGUGGAGAAAUGCCAAAAAAAUGGUUAUGUGACAACUCUGAAUCAUCGACGUCGUUAUUUGCCUUUGAUAAGAAGUAAAAUAAAGAAUGAAAGGGCCCAUGCUGAACGUCAAGCUAUUAAUACAACAAUUCAAGGUUCAGCUGCGGACAUUAUAAAAGCAGCGAUGGUUCAGAUUGAAAAUGAUCUACAUAAUGUAUUUGCUAGAGCAUCAACUCCCUAUUCACUAAGCACAAAAGAUUCAGUUUGCAAUAUAGACAGGAAACCAUUUGUAGGAGCUUGCUUAGUUCUACAGUUACAUGAUGAGCUAAUAUAUGAAGUUAAUAAAAAAGACGUAGAAAAAGUUGUACAAAUAAUUAAAAAUGCCAUGGAAGAAACUACAAAGCUUUCUGUAAAACUGCCUGUAAAAAUUCAUCUUGGUUUGUCUUGGGGCUGUAUGAAAGAAAUUUCAGAUUAUUCAGAAUUUUUAAGCUGACAAAUUUCUUCUUAUUUCAGCUUUUAAUAUUUAUAAAAAACCUGUACAUACUUUAAUGAAUUUAGUGAAUAAUUUAAUGAAUUUUUAAUAAUUUUUUACUUUAUUUUUUUGUGUGUAUAUAAAUGUAUAUGUGUAUACUUGCAUUCAUAAAUAUUCACAUAGAAAUUUGACUUUUGGAAUAUUAUUUUUGGAUU